AUGUCGAACACUGUGAAUGAAGGCCCCCUUGCGAGAAUGCUGGGAACUUCAGAGAGAGAUCACGGUGACACCAGGUCCCAGACCACCUUAGUGGGGUCUCGGACCGUGCGAGUUGUCUGGAGGGGUCGGCUUGCCGAGGAGACUUUCCUCUUUGGAAGCUGGGAUGCUUGGGCGAAAGGCAGGAGGGUCACCAAGAGUGACAGUAUUGAAGAGUAUGUGGUGGUCCUGGAGCUUAAUCCAGGGAGAUACGAGUCAAAGUAUCGGACGUGCAGCGGCAUAUGGUUCCACAACCCCACCAUGCCCACGACCAUGAAUGUGUUCGGUACUCUGAACAACAUCUUGAUCGUAUCUGGAUCACCAAACAUUGGGACUGGGGAGCAAGGUGAAAAAAUGAUUCCUGCUUUGCUGCCAACUGUAAAGCAGGAGGACCUAGGCCCUGCGGCAGUGCCCACUGCAAAGAUGGAAGACCUGGGCCCCGUGGCAGUGCCCACUGCAAAGAUGGAGGACCUAGGCCCAGUGGC